AGCAAGUGGCGCACCCGCGGUUGAUCAAGUGAUAAUGUCCAAGUUCACCUACGGCAUCAUUGGAGCUGGAUUGGCCGGUGUCAAUGCCGCAAGACAUGCCUUGGAGGCGGGAGGCGAUGUAACGAUUUUUGAGCAGACGAGCAAAGUAGGUGGCACUUGGGUUUACACUGAUGAAACUGGAAAGGACAAGUAUGGGUUGGACAUCCAUACUAGUAUGUAUCAGGGGCUGAAGACGAACAUCCCGAAGGAGAUCAUGGGAUUUCCGGAUUUCCCCAUUGGACAGCAGGAGGAAUCAUACGUGACAGCACAGGACGUGUUGAAAUUUAUUGAGCAUUUUACUGAAAAGUUCGAACUGUACAAGCACGUCAAGUUUGAGCAUCACGUGAUCCGCGUAACACGGAAGUUGGAUUGUGAGAAAUGGGAGGUCUUGGUGAAGAACCUCCCGGCCAACAGUUACGAUACGUACCUGUUUGACUACAUCCUCGUCUGCAAUGGUCACUUCUUCAGUCCAUUCGUACCGAAAAUCGCGGGUCAUGAAGUGUUCAAAGGUCGCCAAAUGCAUAGCCACGACUACCGGUGUCCUGAUCCGUUUCAAGGGAAAAAUGUGGUAGUGAUUGGUGGAAGUCACAGUGGUAUGGAUGUAGCAAUCGCCGCGGCUCCACUUGCCAAGCAGCUUACUCUGAGCCAUCGCUGUCCGGAAAGGUUGAACAUCUUCUGCGAUAAAGUUGUGCAGAAACCGGAGAUAGCCAAAAUCUAUGAAAACGAAGUGGAAUUUGCCGAUGGUACACGGCAAACGUGUGAUGUUCUGAUCUACUGCACGGGCUAUCGGACGAGUUUUCCGUUUCUUAGCGUAGACUGUGGCAUCACGGUAGAGGAGAACCAUGUGCAGCCAUUGUACAAGCACUGCAUUAACAUUCGGCAUCCAUCGAUGGCGGUGAUCGGAUUGCCGUUCAGUGUAUGUUUCACCAUGAUGGUGGAUUUGCAGAUAAGAUUUUGCAUAAAAAUGUUCAGCGGAAGCAAACGACUACCUUCGGAAGCGGACAUGGCUGCCGAUACCAAGGCGGAUGAGGAGGAACGUGCCAGGAGGGGAUUUCUCAAAUGUCAAGCGCAUAUGCUGUCCGGUGAUCUCCAGCAGCGAUACUACGACGAUCUGGCCCGGAUAGCGGAAAUUGAACCGUUGAAGCCGGUACUGACGAAGUUGUAUGCGGUUUGCGUGCGGGAGAAGAAGUUGGAUAUUUUGAAUUACAGGAAUAAUGUGUACCGGGUCGUUGACGAUGACAAUUUCAUCAAAGUUAAUUGAGUAGAGUAUGGUGGUUUUUAAAUUGAAACACAUUGA